AUGGAAUCUACGACGCCAAAAUUGAGCUAUGUGUUUCAGCCACACAAGCAAGGCAGCGCUUUGAAGAGCUCUGCAAAGACUAUAGUUAUGAAUGUGUUUCAUAAAUUGCAAGUAAGGAAUCCCAACGAUUCUGUCACUGAAAUUUUGGACAAAACUUCGGACUUGACAGGUGUUUCAACCCGCAGCAUCUUACGAAUGCAAAAUGAAUUUAAGAUCCAAGGCUCUUUUUCUACACCUGGGAGAAAAAGGCCCGCAAGAAAAGGCAAAGCAACGCGAAUGCAAAAGUUCGACGACUUCGUCCUGUCUGCCAUUCGAAGGAAAGUGCAUUUGUUUUUUAAAAGAAACGAAAUACCAACGGUGGCGAAAGUCAUGAAGACUAUUAACGAGGACACUGACCUACCAAAUUUGACAAUCGCCACAACAAGAAGAUUGAUGCAAGAUUUAGGGUUUGUGUACAAGAAGAGAUCAAGGAAUUCUAUGCUGAUAGAGAGGGAAGACAUCCAAGUCUGGAGACGAAAAUAUUUGAGGCAAAUUCGCCACUACCGAAAUGAAGGAAGGACUGUGUACUAUACAGAUGAAACCUGGGUGAAUUUUGGCCACACAAAGCAAACAGUGUGGCAGGACACUUUCAUCAAGAGGCCGAAAGAAGCAUUUAUGUCUGGCCUCUCAAUGGGAUUAAAAGCUCCUACAGGAAAAGGAUCCAGGUUAAUAAUUACUCAUGCUGGAAGUGAGAAAGGCUUUGUGAAAGGAGCUGCUGAUGUAUUCAAGGCAAAAAAAAGCAAAGGAGAUUAUCAUGAAGAAAUGAAUGGAGAUUACUAUGAACAAUGGUUUAAAAAUAAAUUGCUGCCAAACCUUGACCCCAACAGUAUUAUAGUUAUCGACAAUGCUUCAUACCACAGUGUUUUUGUGGAAAACAUUCCCAACACUUCCACCAAAAAAGAUGACAUUCGACGAUGGCUGACAUCAAAAAAUAUCGCUUGGAACUCGGAUAUGCUGAAAGCUGAACUUUUGAAUCUUGUACAAAAUGUCCGCAGCAAGUAUGAGGAGUACCGGGUUGAUAGGAUAGCGGCUCUUCAUGGUCAUACUGUUUUGCGGCUUCCCCCUUAUCACUGUGAGCUGAAUCCCAUUGAAAACAUAUGGAGUGUUGUCAAAGGGAAGGUGGCAGCAGAAAACAGAACAUUUAAAGAAAAAGAAGUGGAAGAGCUGACAAAAAAAGCUAUUGAUAAUGUCUCAGAUGAAACGUGGAAGAACUGCGUUGGUCACAUUAUUAAAGAAGAAGAACUAAUGUGGGAACUUGAUGGAAUGUGCGAUACUGCUGUUGAUAACUUGAUAAUUCAUUUUGAUCCCGAUUCGACCGACACUGCUUCUGAAGGAAUGCUUAGUACAGAAGAAGUCAUGUCAUCCUAA